AUGCGGUACCAAGACGUAUAUUUCGUGGCCCUUAUCGCUGUCAUACUGCCAGUUAUUACUGUCAGUGGUUCUGACCACCUCUCAGCAAAACAUAAGAUCUUCGCAGAUAUCUUCAAGAACUACAAUCGUUAUAUUCGACCUGUACGGAAUGUUUCCACUACUACUGUUGUGUUUAUGGACAAUGGCUUACGAUCGAUUUUACGCACUGAUGAAGUGAACCAAGUGAUUGUGCUGAAAGAAUGGCAUAGAAUGUUUUGGCAUGAUGAAUUUUUGGUAUGGAAUCCAGCCGAAUAUGAUAAUAUUACAGAAAUUCAAGUACCUCGAAGCCUUAUAUGGCUACCGGAUAUUACCCGAAUUGAUUUAUUGGAUCAAUCUCAAUCGAUGCCUGACGAUCGGAGCUAUGUCAUGGUCGACCAUACUGGCUUCAUUCGUCAUUCAGUAUCCCACGUUGUAAAGGUAUUCUGCGGCUACAAGAUUACAAUGUUUCCUUUUGAUCGACAAAAUUGCACACUUCAUUACGAACCAUGGGUGUCUACACAUGUGGAGAUUGUCAUCGAAGUACAUCCAGAACCUGAUGUUAACCAUUACAAAACGAGUAACGAAUGGGAUCUGAUUUCGUAUACUGCUCGUACUGGCCUUGGCUCAUAUCCACCGAUGCUAUCAAAGGCUACCUCUCGUGCAUUCUACGAUAUAGUGAUCAAACGAAGUGACACUGGUGAACACAAUGAAAAGGUGACAAUGGGUUUGACGAGCUUACUAUCGAUGACCAUCCUUCUGCUUAUGAUAUCCGAAAAUCUCCCUAAAACUAAUGAAGGUCUUCCAAUUUUAGGGUUCUUUGUGCUGGUCGAGAUCCUUAUUGGUGCUUUGGCUACAUCCACUACUGUUUACGUUUCUCAACUACAGGAGCUACCGAUGACGAUUUCAGGAAGUUGGCGUCAGGACAAGGAAGUGCCAACGUUUCUGAUGGCUUUGGCUCGGUUCAAAUUGUUCAGCCGAGUACAUCGAAACGAUUCCUGUUCCAGCCUACUUAACGAGCAGCUUAAUCAAACGAAUAACGUUUCAAGAAAGGAUUCACAGACCCGCAGCGUAAUACUGGCUUACAUUGGGAACUUUGAACGCAAUAUUAAUUUGAUUUCGGCCGACGUCCAAAGAAAAGCCGCUCAGAAACGUCUACGGAUGAAAUGGGUCCUUGUGUGUGAACGUCUCGAUUCCCUCUUGCUUUUAUUCUUUCUUACUGUCAAUACGCUAUUUUUCGCUGUUCUACUGCUCGUGGGAUAUAUGUCCAAUUAG